AUGGCGCCUAGAGUUACACCGGAGUUCGACACGAGCAGCAGACCUGGCUCUGCAUACGAAAUCGAUAAAGAGGCGAUGUUUAACGGGUAUAAUAGAAAGAUCAAGGUAUUAACUAUAGGAGCGGGCCUGAGCGGUAUCAUGAUGGCCUACAACAUCCAGAAGCAUUGCCAGAAUGUUGAGCAUGUUGUAUAUGAUAAGAACCAUGAUAUAGGUGGUACCUGGCUGGAGAAUAGAUAUCCAAACUGUGCGUGCGAUGCGCCGAGUCACUCUUAUAUAUUCAACUUUGCUCCUAAUGUUGGUAUCACCAUGUCCUGUCCACCGUGGGAGGACAAAGUGUGCGAAGUCUUUGAUCUUCGCAAGUACAUGACUUUCAACACGAGAGUGACAGGCGCCUACUGGGAAGAGGCCUGCGGCCAGUGGAGAGUAGAGCUCAGUCAGACGGCGCCGGAUGGAUCCCAGAUCGUUAUCGAAGAGAAGUGCCAUGUUCUGUUGAAUGCUUCGGGGUUCCUGAAUAAGUACAAGUGGCCAGAUAUUCCUGGGCUUGAUGAAUUCACGGGAAGGGUAAUCAUCUCCCUGAUGGCUUCUGAGGCUCCCGGUCUAUCUGUGUUGAUAACUAACGGGAGAGGACAGUUGAUUCAUACCGCAGCAUGGCCGAAAGACUACCAGGAAGAGCAAUGGAAAGGGGAGAACGUUGUAGUAAUUGGCAGCGGAGCCUCGAGCAUCCAGACGGUUCCUGGUAUGCAGCCACACGUAAAACAUAUGGAUGUAUUCGUGAGGACAGGUACAUGGUUCGCGGCCAUUGCGGGAAACCAGGGAGGCAACUCAGCCUAUUCGGACGAAGAGAAGGAGAGAUUCAGGUCCGAUCCGCAGGCGCUGGUUGAGCAUUGCAAGUCCUGGGAAGACCAGAUCAAUGCCCUCUGGGGGAUGUUUUAUAAGGGGAGCCCGGCACAGGCGGCUGUCCGCCAGAUUCAGGCUGAUGAAAUAACUGACAAAAUAAUAGGAUUUCUGCCUUCGUUUGGCGUGGGAUGCCGCAGAAUGACCCCUGCAGAUCCGUUUAUGGCGGCGAUCCAGCAGGACAACGUCGACGUCCACUUCACGGCAGUGACUGAAUUCACAGCAGACGGGUUGAUCGGCGAAGAUGGUACCGAGAGAAGGGCGGAUACGAUCAUAUGCGCCACAGGCUUCGACACUUCGUACCGACCCAAGUUCCCGCUUGUUGGCCAGGGGGGCGUCGAUCUUCGUGAAAAAUGGAAGACUCACCCGGAGUCGUAUCUUGGUCUGGGAGUCCCUGGGUGA